CUAUACGGCCGUCAUCCAUCCCGAUGGAUGUCGAAGCAAGGCCCAGGAAGAAGAGGCGCUUCUUUGUCGAUGGUCCUGAAGAUGUGGCAGAACAGCAGACCGCUUCGUCUUCCCUAAACACCUCGAGCAGACCUGCCUCCGCCACCUCCUCUACGGAACAUGAACAAAAGUCUAGUCAAACCGAUGCCGCUGACUUCCACCCGUCCGUCCAUGGUGAUAAGGCUUUAGCGUUCCACGCAGACACAUUCCGUGCAUUCAUUGGGGGAAAUGUCAGUCAAGAUAUUGUGGACAAGGUGCAGGCUGCGGCCAACGGAGACAUGGAACGGGCCAUUAAUAUGUAUUUCGAUGGGUCCUGGAAGACUGCGGCCAUCAGCAGCACAUCUCAGAGACCUUCGAAGGGUGUAGCAAGCUGGCUCAACCCAUCUAGUAAGGAUGUUCCGCCGCCAACGGCUAAAGAAGAAGUGGAGGAUGAGGAGCCUGCGCCCCAGAAAAUACUGCUGCAUGGAAUGCCCAGAGAACGAUACGUCGGCUCAUUUGGUGUUGCGGCAUGGAUGACCAAAAGUGGUACGAAGUUGUUGGCUCAUGGUGAGGCAGUACGGAUAGAACGCUCCAGGCUUGCACCGAAGACAAAGGUCGGCAGGGGUGGCAAGCUGGUACCCUUGGUGGGGCGAAGCCAGAAAGUCGAUGUGGUUACAAGGUUUACCAACGCGAGAGGUGAGGAGUUGGGCCGCUUGCCUGAGGAGACUGCUUCCUGGGUGUCCUCAUUACUGGACCAGAAAAUAUGUCGGUUUGAAGGAACAUGUGUCUAUGCGCCAGAUCGUGUCCGGGUAAAUGAUACAGUUUACCUUCAGCUUCGGGCAUAUCUACUGAGAGCUGUUUUCGAAGCAAGCGCUUUUGUGGCACCCAAAGAUGACAACCGAGCCACGGGCUUCUUCCUGGAGAAAGAGAGCAGCGAAGAGAAAGACCUUCGCCUUCGACAAGUAGGGCUGGUUAAGCUUUUCGAAGAAGUCAAUCUCAGUCCGACGACGACGAAUGAAACAACUGCAAAACACAAAAAGCAAGGCCUUUUGAGAGCAGCGGAAAUGGCUGAACAAUAUGAGAAGGACAAAAAUUCCAAGGCCAAGUCGGGCACCUCAACCCCUAAUUCAGAUGAGGAAGAAGAAGGGGAAGAGCUCGAGGAAGAUCAGUUGGACGCACUAUAUCAAAAAGCACAGUCAUUUGACUUUAACACUCCAGAAGCUGAACCUGUAUCAACCUUCGCACUUGACCUCAGAAAGUACCAGAAGCAGGCGUUGCAUUGGAUGCUUGGAAAAGAACGGGAUGAGAACUCCUCAAGGCAACAAUCAAUGCAUCCUCUUUGGGAAGAGUAUACCUGGCCGACCCAAGAUGCGGACGAUAAAUCACUUCCGCAGGUCGAAGGUCAAGAGAAAUUCUAUGUCAACCUCUACUCCGGCGAGAUCAGCCUUGAUUUCCCAGUGCAGGAGCAGAAUUGCCUUGGAGGGAUUCUGGCCGACGAAAUGGGGCUCGGGAAGACGAUUGAAAUAUACAGUCUCAUUCAUUCCAAUCGUUCAGAGACCGACCUUGAAGCCGCUAAUAAGACCGUUACCUCGGUCAAUCAUCUACCUCGUCUGCCACACUCGUCGACCUCUGUCGAGCCAGCGCCAUGUACGACUUUGGUGGUGGCGCCAAUGUCCUUGUUAGCUCAAUGGGAGAGCGAAGCAGUAAAAUGUUCCCAGCCAGGGACGUUGAGGACUAUGGUAUACUAUGGCAGCGAAAAGACCGUCAAUUUGCAGGCGCUGUGCUCUGCUGCCAAUGCUGCCUCUGCUCCUCACGUCAUCAUCACUAGCUAUGGUACUGUAUUAUCUGAAUUUGGGCAAGUGACUGCUGCAGGAGGUGAUCGUGGUUCUCAUGGAGGCCUGUUCUCCGUGGACUUCCAUCGAGUGAUUCUUGAUGAAGCCCACACCAUCAAGAACAGGCAAGCCAAAACCUCCAAAGCAUGUUAUGAAUUGAAAGCGAAGCACCGAUGGGUUUUGACCGGAACGCCUAUUGUCAAUCGUCUCGAGGAUCUAUUCAGUCUGGUGCGGUUCCUUAAAGUCGAGCCGUGGAGCAACUUCUCGUUCUGGAAGACCUUCAUCACCGUACCUUUUGAGUCGAAAGAGAUUGCUAGAGCGCUCAAUGUCGUCCAGACGGUCUUGGAACCACUCGUCCUCCGGCGUACCAAAGACAUGAAGACACCUGAAGGCGAAGCUCUUGUGCCUCUUCCCCCGAAGACGAUUACCGUGGAGGAAGUGGAGCUCUCAAAGACAGAGCGAGAAGUGUAUGACCUCAUUUUCACCCGAGCCAAACGGGCAUUCAACGAAUCUCUACACGCCGGUACUCUCCUUAAGUCGUACACUACGAUCUUUGCUCAGAUCCUGCGUCUGCGCCAGUCUUGCUGUCAUCCUGUCUUGACAAGAAAUAAGGAAAUUGUCGCGGACGAAGAGGACGCGGCUCUUGCAGCUGCUGCCGACGCGAACGGAUUCGCGGAUGAUAUAGAUCUUCAAGAUCUCAUCAAUCGCUUCACGAAAGAUACCGAUCUUGCAGAGAAGGAAAGUAAGGAUCCGAUCACCACGUUCACUACGAAUGCUCUGCGGCAAAUCCAGGACGAGUCGAGCGGAGAAUGUCCUUUGUGUUAUGAAGAGCCGAUGAUCAACCCUGCCGUUACCACCUGCUGGCACAGUGCUUGUAAAGACUGCCUGGAGAAGUAUAUUACCCACCAAAUGGAUAAGGGUGACGUUCCUCGGUGCUUUUCUUGCAGAGAGGCCAUCAACCCGCGGGAUGUGUUUGAAGUGGUCAAGUACCACAGUCCGUCCGAGUCAUGCGACUCCGAAGGCGACUUGUAUGCGGCAGAUGAUGCUGCUGCUGGAAAACCCGCAAAGAUCUCGCUGCGAAGACUGCAUCCUUAUUCUCCGACCGCUUCGACAUCGGCAAAAAUAGCGGCUCUCCUCAAGCACCUUUCUGCACAACCACGAGGGACGAAGUCGGUGGUUUUCUCACAAUUUACCUCUUUUCUGGACCUCAUUGCUCCACAACUUUCUAAACAUGGCCUUGAGCAUCUACGCUUUGACGGGACGAUGUCACAGAAGGUUCGUGCUCAGGUGAUUCGUGCUUUCAACGCUGAGAAUGCGUCGGACCCUAAAGCUCCACGCGUCCUGCUCCUGUCACUCCGGGCUGGAGGCGUCGGCUUGAACUUGACUGCUGCAAGCCGUUGCUACAUGAUGGAUCCUUGGUGGAGUUUUGCAGUUGAGGCACAGGCCAUUGAUCGUGUGCACAGAAUGGGCCAGACUCAGAAAGUUGAAGUCGUACGAUUUGUGACCAAGGAUAGCAUCGAGGGUAGGAUGCUGCGAGUCCAAGACAGGAAAAUGGCGGUUGCAGGUUCGCUAGGCGUUGGACAGACCGGGGCCGGAGGAUCAGAAGAGGAGAGAAAGAAGAGACGGAUUGAAGAGCUUGAGAUGCUUCUGGGAUAGAGUUAUCGCGAUCAAGUCUCUGUGAUGAUAUAAUAGAGGACUCGCUUGCCAUGCGGGAUAAGGCCCAUACGACAGCAUCUCAUGUUCAUACUACUAUGUCUCGUUUAUCCCAGGCAAGAGAUUGCAUCGAUUUCGAAGACUUGUUUGUCCGUUCGUGUGAAGUCAAA